AUGUCACAGAAUUCUUCUAGUAUACUGAACAAACCUACGAAUUUAUCACUUAACGACGAUACAUAUAAACCGGAUUUCAGAGGUGUUCCAAGCCAAGCACUGGAUGCAAUUAGGAUGAGGUUAGCUCAACUUACACAUUCUCUUCGUAAGAUUAGGGAUGAUCUUUCGAAGGCAGAACUACCACAAUGGUACUCGUUACAAUCACAACUAAAUGUUACUCUGACACAAUUGAUGUCCGUAACCUCCACAUUAGAACAUUUCCAUGAUACACUGGAUGCUACCGUAGUAUAUCCAUUGCCUAAAUUUCCGACGACAUCACAUGAGACGUUGUUAACUACGCUUUUAAGAAAGAAGUACACUCCUGAAGUAGAUGAAUGGCUCAGUGAAUCAAGAGAAGCGUCGGGAUUAGACCAGGCUCAACUGACAACAAAAAAUGUUAAACAAGUACUACAGAAGGAUAAAGAGUGUACAAAAUGGGCUCUUGAUAUAUUUUCGAAUGAAUUCGAGAAAUACAACUUCAAGGGUCUAAAGACCAAAAAGGAACAGAUGGAGGGUGACCAGAUGGAAAUCGAUUACAUACCUGCAUCUCAAAAUAUCAAACCUUCUUCACCAUUUGUGAUAGAAGAUGUACUCAACUUUGUAUAUCGUGGGGAAGAACAAGGUGAAAAAUCUGAGAAUGAGAGAGAUGACUCAGUAACAAACUAA